UGAUCCGAUAGGGAAUGUCAUAUAGCAAGGGUGUAUGGUUUUGGAGAAGGGAGUGGAGUGUAGGUUCUGAUGUUCUGGUCUCCCAUCAAUGUACUUGAUACCUGCCGGGGCCUACUGGACCCGGUGGUGUUAAUUAUGGCACAGUCUCAAGUCUGGGGAGGCUCACUGGCCUUACUAUUGACCCUCCAUCCUGAGACUUGGUUCUCCAGCUUUGCCUCCAGCAUUAAUUCUGUUCGUAUUUUUUGUGCUGAUUCCCUUGAGCCCCUGAUCCUUCUCUAUAUACUAAUUUUCGUCUAAUUUAGCUGUCUAUAGUCUUAGGACUUCAUGGCUGGGCUGGCUCUGGAAUCUGCAUUUAAUACCCCUCACCUGCCUUCUUUUCUGGGGUGCAUGAUCUGGGGACCAUCCUGUAGAUACCGUGGACCAUGGGAAGGUUGACAAGCACUGGGCUAGCAGUGGAGUCACAGAAAACUGAUGCGAGGUUGAGGGCUACUCAGGAUCUCAGACUCCUAGGCUGAAACUGCCCCAUGGGACACAUGAAAGGGCGUAGGGAGUGGGAUGUGGGCCCUGUGGUGUGUCAGCCGUGAGAGGUUGUGCUGAGUCGAGCAGUUUUGUUUGCGGAGGCUGUACUUUGAGCAGGCUUGGGUGAGGGGUUGGCCUCUGGCCUGCAUACAUCAAGACACAGUUCCCAGCCUCCAGGUCAGCUGGAGCUCUGGCACGCAUACACCUGGGGUUGAUUUCUGGAAGACUGAUCUGUUUUGGACCAACGACGGUUACUCAGACUAUCACAGAUAGUACGUGGGCUGGCUCUGUCACAGGCUGCACAGUAUCCUGUCAUAUCAGAGAGUGAGGAGAAGUGAAUCAUUCCAUUGCUCUCUGUGGAGCAUGUGGCGUGUCCUCCGGUGCUGGAGGCCAGGGCUCCUGGGCUCAAGGCCAGCCCUGGCAGCGGCCGCCCUGAGGAGCCGUGCCUUGGCCAGCGCGGGCUCCAGCAGCUCGGACGCCGAGUACAGCUACGUGGUGGUGGGCGCGGGCUCGGCGGGCUGCGUGCUGGCCAGCCGGCUCUCCGAGGACCCUGCCGAGCGGGUGCUGCUGCUGGAGGCCGGGCCCAAGGACCUCCGCGCAGGGAGCAAGCGUCUCCUGUGGAAGAUCCACAUGCCCGCGGCCCUCGUGGCCAACCUGUGCGAUGACCGCUACAACUGGUGCUACCACACGGAGCCGCAGCCAGGCCUGGACGGCCGCGUGCUGUACUGGCCGCGGGGCCGCGUGUGGGGCGGCUCCUCGUCGCUGAACGCCAUGGUGUACGUGCGCGGGCACCCUGAAGACUACGAGCGCUGGCAGCGCCAGGGCGCGCAGGGCUGGGACUACGGGCACUGCCUGCCCUACUUCCGCCGCGCACAGACGCAUGAGCUGGGCGCGGGCUCGUACCGCGGCGGGACAGGCCCACUGCACGUGUCCCGGGGCCGGAGCGGCAACCCGCUGCACCCGGCCUUCCUGAGCGCCGCGCAGCAGGCGGGCUACCCGCUCACCGAGGACAUGAACGGCUUCCAGCAGGAGGGCUUCGGCUGGAUGGACAUGACCAUCCAUGAAGGCAAGCGAUGGAGCUCAGCCUCGGCCUACCUGCACCCAGCGCUGAGCCGCCCCAACCUCAAGGCUGAGUCCCGGACGCUGGUGAGCAGGGUGCUGUUUGAGGGCACCCGUGCAGUGGGCGUGGAAUAUGUCAAGAACGGCCAGAGCCACAAGGUUUACACCAGCAAGGAAGUGAUCUUGAGUGGGGGCGCCAUCAACUCUCCGCAGCUGCUCAUGCUCUCUGGUUUGGGGAAUGCAGACGACCUCAAGAAGCUGGGCAUUCCCGUGGUGUGCCACCUGCCUGGAGUUGGCCAGAACUUGCAGGACCACCUGGAAGUGUACAUUCAGCAGGCGUGCACCCUCCCCAUCACCCUUCACUCAGCCCAAAAGCCCCUGCGGCAGCUCUGCAUUGGUCUAGAGUGGCUCUGGAAAUUCACAGGGGAUGGAGCCACUGCCCAUCUGGAAACAGGUGGGUUCAUCCGCAGCCAGCCUGGGGUCCCCCACCCAGACAUCCAGUUCCACUUCCUGCCUUCCCAAGUGAUUGACCAUGGGCGGGCCUCCACCCAGCAAGAGGCUUACCAGGUGCAUGUGGGGCCCAUGCGGGGCACGAGUGUGGGCUGGCUCAAACUGAGAAGUGCCGACCCCCAGGAGCACCCUGUGAUCCAACCCAACUACCUGUCAACAGAGGCCGAUAUCCAGGAUUUCCGUCAGUGCGUGAAGCUGUCCAGAGAAAUCUUUGCCCAGGAAGCCCUGGCUCCCUUCCGGGGCAAGGAGCUGCAGCCAGGAAGCCACGUGCAGUCAGAUAAGGAGAUAGACGCCUUUGUGCGGGCAAAAGCUGACAGCGCCUACCACCCCUCGUGCACCUGUAAGAUGGGCCAGCCCUCUGAUCCCACUGCGGUGGUAGACCCAGAGACCAGGGUCCUGGGAGUGGAGAACCUCAGGGUUGUGGAUGCGUCCAUCAUGCCCAGCAUAGUCAGCGGCAACCUGAAUGCUCCCACCAUCAUGAUCGCAGAGAAAGCAGCUGACAUUAUCAAAGGGCUGCCCGCACUCUGGGAUAAGGACAUUCCAGUCUACAAGCCCAAGACGCUGGCCACCCAGCGUUAAUGCCACCACUGCCAAGGAUGAUCAGAGAAGCCCCAGGGAGGCCUAGAAGACUGACCAGCACAGCCUUUGCUGCAAAUGCACUUUCCUGAAACUGUCUCAUGACACUGGGACCCAGGUGGCCCUACUCAGUGGCUGAAAACUAGAUAAUAUCUCAGAGAACGUCACCAGUACUAAUCAGUGAGAGUCAAGUUCAUUUUCCCCAGUUUCCCUGUGGGCCCCUUGGGGAAGGCCAGCAUUCAGGCCAGGCCCCUCCUCCCUGCCUGUUUCAGGAGGAGGGUUAGCCGAUGCCACGUCCUUUCCUGUAUGCACAUGGCCUGCUCCAGCCAGGGUCCUGCUCCCUUAGAUGGAAUAGUUCUCUUCUGGGCUCCCUCUUGGGGAGGGCGCUCUGCACAGGAGCUGCAUGUGGCUGCUGCUUCCUCCCAAGUCAGGCUUCCUGAGGAGGCUGCAAGUUUUACACUGAAGCCAAGUGUCAUACCUGAGUCAGCUCAGCUCAGGCUGGCACAGUUCCUGGCGUCCCUGCUUGGGGGAAAGCUGCUGGUGAGGGGCAGCCCCGCCUUCCCUUUCUCUCCCAUCCUCACUGCACUCUCAGGGUGAGGCAGGUGUAGGGCUCAGUUGGGUGACUGAGGGGCUUAUGGCCCCAACUCUGGAGCUCUGAUUCUUAAGAAAUACAGUCUAAUAGAGGCUUUCCCAACUUUGCGGGAGGAGGGAAGGUCGCUUGGGCCUCAUUACCAAAGCAUUCAUGAUUUAACAUUUUAGAGGAUCUUCUUGUUAACAGGAAACACAGAAGCCUAGCACCAGCCUCUCCUACUUGGGCACCACUCGGGAGCAAAGGUCCUGGGAGAAGCUUUCAGGCCCCAGAACGGGGCACCACAGCUGCAGCGGCCCCACAGACAGGGCAAUGGAUUCUUACGCUCUGCACGUCUGUGGGCACAGACCAUGUCUGUGCUGAGACAGAUGGAAAAGCACUUAAGUACAACCGAAAUGAAAGAAAAACAAAGUGGAGAAGUUUCACGUUUUCGGAGAAAAAGAUGCAAAUACUAUGUACAACAGCUCUUUGAUCUUUAAAUUCCUUGUAAUUCAGUAAAGUAAUCCAGUAACUGA